CACCACGAACAGCUUCCUGACGUUUUUUGGAAUGACAAGUUCUACCAGAAAUUCGUGUCAGCUUGGCAUGAUUACGUGGCGGAGAAUCACGUUCAGAGCGGACGGGUGAAAAUCUACACCGGUUGCAUGGCUGACAGACUGAUUGUGGACCAAAAUGAAAAUUUUAUCGGGGCGGAAAAUGAUAAAUUGCGUGCCCGCGGCGUUUCGUGCCUUCCCCUGAAGCACCGCAACUCGAUCGGCCGCUUCAACUCCAGCGAGAUGCUUUUGCAAAGUAUUCAGGCUGGGUAUGAGCUGGAGAGCUCUUCCUUGAACCCAAACAUCCACCGCCGCAAAAUCUUCCUGGCGCGUCGAGAAGUUAUUAUCGCAGCAGGCACCGUUUACACCCAUAUCCGGUGCAAAACAAAGUUGUAGCAUCGCAGUCGUACGCUCAUCUUCAUACUUCUACGUACUGAAUUGCACCGAUGCAUGACAUCAGAUCUCUGCUCUAAGCUCAUAGCACGUCAACGUCUGCAGCAGAAGAUACGAAGUGCGCUGGAGUGAGAACAUACUUCCUCGCGACGUAUUUCAUUCGCGGUUCUGAGCACCGUACAGUAGAUCUCGUCCUGCGCCUGAAGCUACUUGCGGCACUGGUGCCAAAGAACUUUCAUGGAGGCGUAGUCGAGUGCGCAUUGCAAGUUCCUUUUCUCCACCUUGGCUUUUGACAAAAUUAUCAUUAUGUGCUGAUCAGAUAUAAAUGCCAUUCCAGUUUCUGUAGAUGCGAGUGGGAAUGCGAAUGCCAUACUUUUGCAAUGCAUAGCCUCCCUAUUCCUACAAAGGUCCGGCCUAGGUCGAUUCAAACACCUUGUGCGAGUUCCCGGCCUGCUUCCGUUGCUCCCUGCCUUUGGCAAGAACAGAGAACACGUCGAACUAGGCCGGAAUCUCCAUGAUCACACAAUCAUGCUCGGGAUGUUGUUGGGGACCGGUUUUUAUCCUCUGCAAAUGCUGCAUCGCACUCGUACGAAAUGCGAAAACAAAUCAGCAGGGCAGCUAUGCUUUGCUGUUCCUGCAUGAUGUGAAUCUUCUUCUUCCUGCAUAGCAACAUCCAUUUUCGAUCAUAGAAAAAUUUCGAUUAUCAUUUUUUCAGAGACGCUUUUUAUAUGCUAGAAGUUAGUGUGGCUGCGAUGCAGUCUACAUUGCAUAGGUUGGGAUGCCCCUCCCCAUGGAGAAACUCGAAGUUGAAGAACCGGGAUGCUAAAUCGGCAGCCAUCACCGAGAUGCUGAAAGCCAUUACAAAUCAUCGGCGGUGGGUGGGUCUCACAGGAACCAGACGCGGGAUCGAACUGGAGGAAGAGCUUCUGGUUGGAAAGCAGAAAGAUGGGACGGGAAAGAAGGAGGAGAUGGAUCCCCGGCUUUUUGGAAGGGAAGAGGGGCUGGAAACGAAAGAACAACGACCUGCGGCCAGCGGCAUGCUCGACCGCGUAUCCACAGUAAAUUUCCCGUACACGUACAAAUGCAGUCUCUGCAUGACAAAACUUGCCUUCAAUCCCAGUCUAGCAUGACAAGUUGCACACUGCAAGUUAGCGGAAUUUGUCAUGCAUUUUGUACGUGUACGGGAAAUUUACUGUGGAUACCGCGACAUCGAAUUCACCAUCGUGGAAAACUGCAUCGACGAGCAAGUUUAUUUGCGCAUCAAGCUUUGGUAUUUCCACCACGGGCCGGAGACCGAUGGGGAAGUGGGACUGGUAAGUACUCAUCCGCUGACGCCCCCGAAGAUACGCUACAGAGGGACGAGGAGAAAACAAGAACGGAGAAAAAAGAGCACAGACUCAGACUCACCGACAUCUUCUGGAGCAAGAAACAGUACCCGAGUUAGUGUGCGGAAGACUUCCGCCACUCCAGCUGCUGCCGCGUCGACCACGACAAAUUCGAACACUCAUAUUCCCCCCCGCGGUGCCCAUCCCUGUCAGGAUUUUGUCGCGAUCGAGAGGUUGAGGCUGUGGAUAAAAAACGUAUUCGUGGGCAAGAUAGUCCCAGGAAUGCAAAGGGAGGUGAACGACAGAGCCACGAAUGAGAAGAUCUACGGUGUCGAAAGUUUUGUUGAUGGCAUGGUAACGAAUGAGGAGGGGCUGUUGGUCGUAGCAGGGGAUUCCAUUUACACUCCCCCUACCGACUCUACGCAGAACGGUGCGGUCUCAAAGGACAACGAGAGCAAGGAAUCGAACGAAAUGCGCCUCCACCUUUUUUCGCCUCCUACGCAAGCCGUCUAUGCAUCGCAGCAAAAGUAUCGCUUUAGUAGUAUGAGUUGCCGUCAGCUGAUUCUGUCCAAAGAGGAAAGAGCUCUUAUGUAUGAAGAAAACACGUCAUGCAACCUUUCGCUCUGCAUCUCCAUCUGUCAUGCUCAUGUACCGUUGCAAGUGCAACACCUACACCGAAUUCGAAAGCGAUCUUUUUCCAGAAGAUACCAUUGAGGAUUCCGCGAUUUUCCGCCGUUUCGUCGAGAAUGUCUGUAGCGACGCUAAGCACUUUAGCGGAACGUGUAGAAUGGGAAAAGGAGCAUCCACCACUGAGGAAUCGUGCACCUCCGCCUCCGACCUUCGACUGAAGGACUUCUCGAAUGCUCGUGUGGCUGAUAUGUCCGUGCUGUACACCACGCACGCUCACACCGAUCAGCUCGGACGAACGGUCGGAAGAAUGGCAGCACAUAUGAUCGAAACGGAGCGGGAGCGGGAGGCUGUCGAGGGCCCGAGGAAAAGCACAGGAAGAGGAAAUAUUGAGAAGGGCGAAGUACGCAGCGCAGGACCAGGAGCACCAGCAACUACAUCUUCCGAUGAAACAAGUGAUCAUGAGCAGGCCACGACCACGCCACUCGUCAAAAAGGUCCUAACUCUCCCCCACAUCGGCACCGGAACGGCGGGCUGGCGAGGCGAGCGCGUCACGAAUGCGCUAGGUGUGUGGUUUCAGGCCAAGAGAGAAUUUCAGGAACAAAACGCCAUCAACAAGAAGGUUGCGGUCCAGAUGAACACCAGUCGCAUCAAAUUUCACAUCGAUUCCGCAGUCAUGUACAAAAACAUGGCUCGGAUUCACGAUUCCCUGAAGCUUUCCGGGGUCGCCCGGUCCGAAGUUUUCAUUACGACCAAAAUCCAUCCGGCUCGGCACUUCGGGUAUGAUCGAACGAUCAAAGCCGUUCUUGAGGAGAUCGCGGACUUGAAAUCUGACUACAUAGACUUGGUCUACCUCCACCACCCGGGCGGAAACCAUAUUUGGGAACAGUAUCGGUGUGGGACGGUGGAGGAAAAACAAAAAGCUGGCGAUCCGUCCUGGGAAAGGGAAUGGUGCAGACCGCAAGCGGUGAGGGAGUGUGAGGAUCACGACCCGGAGGUCGGAAAAACAGCUUCUUCUUCUACUCGACGCGGAGACCACGGCAUGGGUUGGGCCGCGUGUCGUCUGCAAUCUUGGAAAGCUCUGGAAUAUUUGAAGAGCGUUGGAAGAAUCCGUCACGCAGGUGUAAGUUCCUUCGCGGUGUGGCAAAUGCAACCGCUGGUGGAGAGAAUGAAUCGAGGCGCUUCAAGAACAUCUUCAUCCGGCCGUCCUCUGCAUCUCCUACCGGAAGACCUCGGAGGUCGCUUGCUGCGAAAAGCGGUGGAAGAGGAGAAUCAUCGUCUCACUGAAAUAAAUCUUCGACAGGGUCGUCCUCUAUCCGCCUCUUCCGAAAGUAGCAGAAGUCCACUCUCCCCCCUCCCGAUUUCCGCACACCAGCUCGAGUUCCACCCCUGGUGGCGUCCGACGUGCGUUAUCGAAUAUUGCCGAAAAACCGGAAUUGAAAUAGUCGCUUACGGCUCCCUAGGAAAGGGCUCCUUCGUCGGCGACCACAAGUCAGAGUACAAUCCGACGGGCUUGCAAGCUCCUGACUCAGUUCUGACCGACUUCCCGCAGUUGGUGCAUAAAUUCCAGAAGGAGCCGGCCGAGUUUCUGUUGAAGUAUGCCCUGCAAAAGGGAGUUAGAAUUAUUCCGCGAUCAAGCAACCCGGAUCGGAUCGCGGGGAACGUGGGGAUGGAGUUAGCGGUGUUAGGACAAAUACAAGAAAACGCUCCCGAUAGCAAAGAUCCAUCUGCAGCCGCCCAUCAAAAACAAAACCCGGGAACAACAGGCGCGGCGCAUCAACAUGAUAGUCUUAAUAAUCCGGCAGCCCUCUCUAUGGAUGUGUCAGGAUCGAAAUCGACAAAAUCGAAAAACUUGUGAUGCAUAAAAUGUAGGGCACUGAAGGCCUGUAUUGGGCAGCAGGCAAAUGAGGGCGAUUGUAAGCCUGUUUAGGGGUAUACAAUGUGCUGCCAGAGUAGCAUGACAGGAGGAGUCUUCUUUGCCCAAACAGCAUGACAGACUGGAUUUGGGUGCUCCCAAAAUUUGUCAUGCGCCACUUGGAAACUGAGGCUCCAACUGACAUCGAUUUUGUGCAUCACAAAUUUUUCGAUUUUGUCAAUUUCGAUUCCGACACUUCCAUACUCUCCGAUUUCGAGAUCGAAAUUCUGGAUACGUUUUACAGCAAGGACGCGGCGAUGUUAUACUCCGGAGACGAGUUAUGGAAGCGUCAGGUUUGAAAUCGUCAAAGUUGAAAUAAUUUGUAAUGCAUAAAAUGCAUGACCCGAGGCGCGUGUGUUGCAGAGCAGGCAAGUGAGGCCGACUGUAAGCCUGUUUGGGGUGACAGCUCGAGCUGCUAAAGUAGCACGAGAAAAUCGCUCUUCUUUGCCUAAACAGCAUGACAAACUGGAUUUAGGGACCGCCGAAAUUUGUCAUGCGCCACUUGAAAACUGGGCUCCAACUAGCAUCCAUUUUAUGCAUGACAAAUUAUUUCAACUUUGUCGAUUUCAACUCUGACACAUCCAUACGAGUGGCGACGAGAUGAGCCGAUUGCGUUGGAAAUUGAGAAAUUUACGGGCAUUGGGAAAGAAGUUGAUGCAUUGGACAAAUGCGAGGCGUAUUGGGGUCGUAGUUUCAAGAGCAAUCAUAGGCCGAGCCAAAGUGAUGGAAAGAAAAUUGGGACGUCAGAUUGUCCAACCUGUCAGGAGCGAAGUGCUCAGCUGAUUUAGAUUUAAAAACCUCAACAU